CAUCCUGCCUCAUCAUGCCCAAAGGUUGUAGUUUCAGUUAUAGAACACAGCAUGUUCAGGAUCGACCUAGAAAUCCCAGUAGUGUCUUUGCUGAGACAAAAUCUUGCUCAUCUGUCUUGUGGUUACGUCUGAAAGGCCAAGUGGUGGCCAUGUUAUAAAGAGGCCCAGUACCAGCUGAAGAAACCACCAAUCAUCAUCAUCAUCAUCAUCUGUCUACUGAGUCACCUCCAUCCUCUCUUUGUCUUUCUUACAUCCACCUUUUAUCCCUCCAUCCCUUUCCCCCUUUCCUGAAGCCCCACUUCUUCCCUUCCUUGCCCAUCCCUCAACAUGUCCAUCGCUCUCAAGCAAGUCUUCAACAAGGACAAGACCUUCAGGCCCAAGCGUAAGUUCGAGCCAGGUACGCAGCGUUUCGAGCUGCACAAGCGGGCUCAGGCGUCGCUCAGCUCGGGCGUGAACCUGCGGGCGGCCGUGCAGCCGCCUCCUGGCGAGGACCUCAACGACUGGGUGGCCGUCCACGUGGUUGACUUCUUCAACCGCAUCAAUCUGAUCUAUGGCACCGUGUGUGAGUUCUGCACAGAGAAGAGCUGCCCGGUGAUGUCGGGCGGCCCGCGCUUCGAGUAUCGCUGGCAGGAUGAGCACAAGUACAAGAAGCCCACGGCGCUGCCGGCGCCACAGUACAUGAACCUGCUGAUGGACUGGAUCGAGGUGCAGAUCAACAACGAGAACAUCUUUCCCACAAGCGUAGGAAUUCCGUUCCCGAAGAACUUCAUUCAGAUCUGUAAGAAAAUCCUUUGCCGGCUCUUCCGGGUUUUCGUGCACGUCUACAUCCACCACUUCGACCGUAUCAUCCUGAUGGGCGCCGAGGCCCACGUCAACACCUGCUACAAGCACUUUUACUACUUCUGCACCGAGCUCAACCUCAUAGACCGCAAGGAGCUGGAGCCACUGAAAGAGAUGACGUCAAGGAUGUGUCUCUAGAGGCAAGGACGUCACGGAUGGGUUUCAGCCGGAAAGUCUCAGAUGAACUGAUGCUGAUGAAGUCUGACGUAACGAGGGGAAAAAAACGGGACUCAGAACGAAGCAAAAAACGGGACACAGGACGCAAGCACAUUGGCGGUCACUCAGAGCAACAGGACUACCCGGUGGUGAGAAAUAGCACGUGCAUGUACGUGUACGUUGCUCAUCCUCCAGGUGGCGCUCUAAUGCAGUAAUAGGAUCAUGCACUAAUCAAGAACUCUUAACUAUGCAGCAUGGGUGGAGGGAGAGAUGUUCUGGACGAGAAUAAUGUUGUAAAGUUACUCACCGUCUAAUGACUGCGGUGGAUUAGUGAAUUUAACCACCUGGUGAACACUAACGGUGUGUGUGAGUGUGUGUGUGUAUAUCUUUGUUGUGUGAGUGUUUUUACCUCAGUGAUCUAUGGGGUGUUCGAACUGCCAAAAAGCUUCGGUUCAGUUUCUUUUCUCCAGGUUCAAAUAAUCAGUGAAAGGGUUUUAUAGAUUCGUAAUAAUUUAAUAAUUUAGUCUUUUAAAGAUGAUUAAAACUAUGAUGAUGAUGAUGACACACACACAUUUGUUAGUAGGUUUUAUUUAAUGCUCCUACUUUUUUACUUCCUUUUUUUUUUUUUUUUAAUUUUGAAAAAAAAAAAAAACACUGAAUGCAGGGAUUGUAAACUAUGCAGGACUACUUCAUGGACAAACUAUAUUUGACAUUUGGAAAUGCAGAGAUUGUGUAGAGAUUGUGAGUGAGAGGAAGAUGUGUGUGUGUGUGUGUGUGUGUGUACAGAUUACUUUCCAUUUCUCUUGUCUUGCCCACUAGUGAUCACUAAACAGCAUAAAACCGACAACCUCUUCUAAUUAAAUUUUUGACGGUGUGUUUGUUUGUUUGUUUGUUUGUUUGUUUGUUUGUUUGUUUUUUUACGACUGGCUUUUUUUCCUCAGCGGAUCUUCACAGAGCACAUCAGUUCACUCCUGAUGUAAAUUCCUUAACCGAAUCCAUCAAGAGAAUCUUGGAUUCGUUUCCUAACAGCCGGUCUUGAUUUUUGCGAGGCUACGCCUUAAGAUUUGGAACAAAUACAUGGACAAAACUUCACAAAACGUCAAGUUUAAAAUAAAUAAAUAAAUAAAUAAAUAACCUCACACGUUUAUAGUUACAGACAUUCAGCAUUAGGUGCAAAGGUUUUUACACCCCUACCCUGGAAAUCAAGACAUCACAGAAGAUUCUGUUAUUAUUGCAAACGGAACAAAUUACAGAGGCACUGAUAUGGUGUGUUUUUAUUCUGGUGGGGGUUUUUACAGAUGUGUUUAAAUAGUGUGUCGAAAGUAAGAGGGCAGCUAAGCUGAGCAUGUUGGGCUUAAUCAGAGAGAGCGAUCAUUACAAAUGAGCAAUGUGUAUCAUUUGUAAUUGAAAAGUUUCGAGUCCUGGCGUGUGAGUCCGAGGGCUCAGUGCUCGCACAAGUGAAUCAAUAGUGAAGCAACUCACCUUCAAUGUCUUUCUUUUUUCUGUGAAUUCUCUUGCCGUUCGUGAAUCUCAGUCAGAUUUUUUUUUCUUUUACUCUGUACCCUAGCGUCUGUAUUCCCUUCAUGUCCGAUCCGUUUUCGUUGUUGGCGUCUUUAACAGUGUUCCUAAACUCUUCGUUUUUCUCCUGAUUUGUGGUCAGUAUUUCCAGAUUUUUCCUCAUUCCUUCUUGCUCUUGAUUGUUUGAGAGUUUGAGAGUAUUUAAACUCUCCCUGCUUUAUAAGGAAGACUCGUAUGAAGUAAACAGAUUGUGUUUUAAGUCACUAAUGAGGUACAAUGCAAAUCGAUCUGUUUAUUAGAGCAUGAAACCAAAUGUUGAGAGAACAUAUUUUAAUGAUAUUAAAAUGAACAUGGAAUCAAAA